AGAAGGUAAGAGGUUGGCCGUUAGGUAGCGGUCCAGCUAAGUUCACUGCUAACUAUGCCUGGAAAAUGUAAAUUCCAAGACUCUUGGCUCUCUAAGGACAUUUACAAGGACUGGCUGGUUAAGGACGUCCAGGAUAUCCACUUCGCCCGAUGUAGGGCCUGCUGUAAAUCAAUCAAACUCCAGACCAUGGGCGAGGCUGCUCUCACCAGCCACGCAGGGGGAGCUGGCCACAAAGCAGCGGUCCGCAAGCUGGUGGAAGGCAAUUUGGUGGUGAUAAAUGCCACAGGACAAAUGAACGGCAGCGUCAAUCGGGCUGAGGACAGCAAGGAGCAAGUGGCCAUCUGCCUCCAGCGUGACACCUUGGACAAAAUAACAGGCAGCGACUGGUCAGAUCUGCACCACAGCCCCACUACAAACUCCACCUCCCACAAUGCAGAGCUACAAGAUGUGACAUUUCCUUCUGCCUACUUCACAGCACCAGGCACCUCCAGGCUCAUCAGCCAGCGCCUCCACCCAUCAGGCAGCGAGACAGAGGAAGGCGGCCGCCGCUCGUUUCAGCACGACUCCGUAGACCUGUCAAGGAUGGAGCACCAGCAGAGGUCGGAGGCUCUGGAGCAGCAGCAGCAGAUGAAGAUCCUGGAGUGGGAGAACAGGAUGAAGGUGCUGGCGUGGGAGCAGGAGCUGGUGAGGGGGAAGAGGAGAGCAACCCGGCAGAAGGAGAAGGCCUUCAGGAUGAAGAAGGCAUACUACAAAGCAAAGUUAAAGAGGAUGGGCGAGGACGUGCCGUCGUCUUCCACCAGCAGCAGCGAUGAGGAGGAGAAAAUACCUCAUCCGACAGGAUGAACUGAUUUAAGAAUUGUGUUUUUAUUAGUGCUUAUUUGUCUCAUUGUUUUGUCUAUUUGUCAUGGAACUGUUACUAUUUUUAUACUUUUUUUGUACUUGGUUGCACAAGGAGUUUUUCUCAGUUGCUUUCAGUGAGCUGCUCUUACACAAAGAGAGAAAAUCACUCCCAAAUGAAUAAGACUGAAUAAGGCAUAUGAGAGUGUCUUACAUAGCUAUAAGCACUGUUAUUUAAAGCAGAAGUAAGAUUACUUGGGUUCCACACUACUUAGAAGAACAAAUUAAGCAAAACUACAAUAAAUGGCAGUGACUUUAUUCCAUAUGGUGACAGCUACUAACCAAUUUCUCAUCGAUGUGACGACCGUCUUCUCUGUCUACGUAAGCUUUCUCCUUGAUGGCCUUAAGAGAAGAUCAAAGAGAUUCAAAGUAAACACUUCUUUUGAAAUUAAUCAAAAUGGGGUACUAAUUUUCAAAAAGACCUGUAAAAGUACACAGGAAUGCUAUGAAAUAUAAAUACUUUUAAUGAGUUACUUUGCACAUCUUGUAGAAAUUCACUGUGUGAAAGGGUUGAGAUCAAAAUCACAAUGUGUGUGUGUGUGUAUUUUUUUUUUUAUUUUAUUAAUCACAGCGUGGCUUCAAUAUUCAAAAUCACUGUUCACUGAUGUUUCAGGCAAUAGUUUCUGUGAAGGUCAAAGUGUGUUUUAAGGAGAAUAUCAUUAAA